UAUCAUUCAUGUUAUAUUUCACCCAUGCUCUGUAUCAACGUGUCUAUAUCCUCAUCCUGCAUAUGUCACCAUUAUUCUAUCAUUCAUGUUACAUUUCACCCAUGCUCUUUAUCAACGUGUCAAUAUCCUCAUCCUGCAUAUGUCACCAUUAUUCUAUCAUUCAUGUUACAUUUCACCCAUGCUCUUUAUCAACGUGUCAAUAUCCUCAUCCUGCAUAUGUCACCAUUAUUCUAUCAUUCAUGUUACAUUUCACCCAUGCUCUGUAUCAACGUUUCUAUAUCCUCAUCCUGCAUAUGUCACCAUUAUUCUAUCAUUCAUUUUACAUUUCACCCAUGCACUGUAUCAACGUGUCUAUAUCCUCAUCCUGCAUAUGUCACCAUUAUUCUUUCAUUCAUGUUACAUUUCACCCAUGCUCUGUAUCAACGUGUCUAUAUCCUUAUCCUGCAUAUGUCACCAUUAUUCUAUCAUUCAUGUUACAUUUCACCGAUGCUCUGUAUCAAUGUUUCUAUAUCCUCAUCCUAUAUAUGUCACCAUUAUUCUAUCAUUCAUGUUACAUUUCACCCAUGCUACAUAUCACUAUCCCUAUAUCAUCCAUCCUACAUAUGUCACCAUUAUUCUAUCAUUCAUGUUACAUUUCACCCAUGCUCUGUAUCAACGUUUCUAUAUCCUCAUCUUGCAUAUGUCACCAUUAUUCUAUCAUUCAUGUUACAUUUCACCCAUGCACUGUAUCAACGUGUCUAUAUCCUCAUCUUGCAUAUGUCACCAUUAUUCUAUCAUUCAUGUUACAUUUCACCGAUGCUCUGUAUCAAUGUUUCUAUAUCCUCAUCCUAUAUAUGUCACCAUUAUUCUAUCAUUCAUGUUACAUUUCACCAUGCUACAUUUCACUAUCCCUAUAUCACCAAUCCUACAUAUGUCACCAUUAUUC